UGCCCAUGUAUGUGAAGUCCCUGUACUGGGCCCUGGCGUUCAUGGCUGUGCUCCUGGCAGUCUCUGGGGUUGUCAUUGUGGUCCUGGCCUCAAGAGCAGGAGCCAGAUGUCAGCCAUGCCCCCCAGGCUGGGUGUUGUCCGAGGAGCACUGUUACUACUUCUCUGUAGAAGCACAGGCCUGGGAAGCCAGCCAGGCUUUCUGCUCAGCCUACCACGCUACCCUCCCCCUGCUAAGCCACACCCAGGACUUCCUGGGCAGAUACCCAGUCUCCAGGCACUCCUGGGUGGGAGCCUGGCGAGGCCCCCAGGGCUGGCACUGGAUCGACGAGGCCCCUCUGCCGCCCCAGCUACUCCCUGAGGACGGCAAGGACAACCCGGAUAUCAACUGCGGGGCCCUGGAUGAAGGCACUCUGGUGGCUGCAAACUGCAGCACUCCAAGACCCUGGGUCUGUGCCAAGGGGACCCAGUGAUCUGGGCUCUGCCUGUCCUCAGCCUGCCAGGCGGAUGCAGCACCCCUACAGGGGAGGCCAGUUGAGAGCUUGGGCAGCCUCUUCCUGGACCCAGGCAUCCAGGUCUCCCUGCUCUGUUCAAGGGGGCACACACGAGCGAGUCUAGGAGCUGGACUUCAACCCAGGAAGAUGCAUCCGAGGGAAAGGAGAUUUUCUGUGGCCUCAGGCCUGAGUGCCAAUAUUAGUCUCCAGCUUCUGUGGAUGAUUGGUUUGAUGACAUUGGGAUGGUUGUUUAGCAUUUCUGUGCCUUGGUUUCAUUAAAAUGACAAUUUCUCCCUAGACGAAAAAGACA